GUAAAUUGCUACACCUACGUCAGAAGCAGGUAUUCUUCAGUGAGUGAAUUCAGAAUGCCACGUACUACGCGUUCUAAAAAAGUGCUUGUUAGCACAGUGGGGGAAUGGCAUGGCAUCAAAAAAUGUGCCGGAUGAGUUGAUUGAAGUGGUGGAUGUUGAAGUCCAGCAACGAGAGGGCCAGGAACCACCUGUGGUUACUGUGAUGGAGGAUGUAGACACUGAAUCCUUUGAUUCAGGUGAUGCUGCAUCAAGUUACACCAACAAUGAAAACAUGAAAAUGAAGAUGCUCAAAAUGAAAAUAAAGGCAUUGGAGGAAGAGAGGGACUUCCUCCGAACAACUAUUACCCAGCUGACUGGACAAAGAACUUCUUCAGGACCAAGUCCUAGCUCAUCUGUGGGUGACAACAUUGCCAAGCUUGAGGAUCAGUGGGAUGACAGCUCUGAUUCUUCGAGCUCUGAUAGCUCCUCAUCCACAGACAACUCCAUAGCCAUUUCUGUUUCCUUCACAGCCUGA